AUGCGACAUACCGAUCAGUCCAACGGGAAGAAGGACCCCGCCGAUCAUGUCGAAGUAUCCGACAAUGGCGAGCUUCCAAAGGCCAUCGACAAGGCCCUGGCAGAAGGCGACCCGGUCCAGAUGCGAUCCGAGUUGGAUAACUUGCCCAUUCUGAAAGCUCUGCGUAUAUACUGGCGCAUAGCUUUGAUCUGCAUGAUGGCUGCGUUCAGUGCCGCGCUCGAAGGUUACCAACUUGCGCUUGCGAACGCGAUUGUCUCGAAUAAAGGGUUCAUUCGCCAAAUGCCCAACGGGGGCACUAAGCUCAACCCUACACAUGUGGCUGUUUGGGGAGGCAUGCUAUCGACUGGUCAAUUCGUCGGUGUAGGCCUCCUUCAGAUUGUUAUUGACAAGAUUGGCCGAAGGUUUGCUAUGCACAUCACCUGGCUUUCUCUUGCAGUCAGUGUGGCUUUGGAGUCUGCGGCCACGAACUGGCUCUACUGGCUCUUUGCUAGGCUGAUCGGAGGAGCUGGCCUCGGCAUGAUGCAGGCUACCUAUCCCGUUUACAUUUCUGAGAAUGCGCCGACCCAGAUUCGAGGCUUCCUGACUACCUCAUACAUGCUCUGGUAUGUUUGUUCGCAGAUAUUCGCCCCGUUGGCCUUGCGACAACUGGCCUUCACGGACCCGUAUAACUUUCAGAUUCCCAUCCGCACCCAGUGGGGAAUGUUGGGCGGUAUGCUCCUUAUCAACUUGUUCUGUCUCCCGGAAAGCCCUUCAUCAGGGUGGCUUGUCCAGCGGGGCAUGUUUGACAAGGCAGAAAAGGUGCUUGCCAAGACACACAAAGGCGUGGCAGGCUACGAUGUAAAGAAAGAAUUGUCCAUUAUCAUCGCUACAGUAGAGCACAAGAGAGAAUCCACAGCCGAGGACAAGAGCCAAUAUCAGGAAAUCUUCCGAGGAAUCCACCUUUGGCGGCUCUUCAUUUGCUUCUGGCCCAAGGCGAUGCAACAGCUGGCAGGACAGAGUGUCACCAAAAACUAUGGCACAUACUUCUUUCAGUUGGCUGGAAACGACGACCCUUUUACCGUGACGGUUGUGCUGGCUGUUUGUCAACUCCUGGGUGUUCUCACAACUACCUUGAUGUCGGAUAGAUUUGGUCGACGCUGGCUUACUAUCGGCCUCUUUGGGGCAGGAGCCAUCUCGAUGCUUGCCAUCGGUAUUCUUGGAUCUUUCGACUACCAGAGCAAACAACUGGGCAAUGUCUUGGUAUUCUGGGGAUGCCUGUCUAAUCUUGGAGUCAUUGGUGGUGCUUCAAUAUCCUACAGUUACGUCGCCGAGAUUCCUACCCAACGGCUGCGGGCACGAACUGCUUCUAUAGCCUUGAUGGGCUCUUUUGUUCUCGGGAUUGCCUUCAACUACACGGUUCCACUCAUGCUCAAAGCUUGGAGUGUUAGAACGGGAUACUUCUUCGGAGCCGCCGGUGUCAUCUCGUGCGUCGUCGGAUUUUUUGUCCUGCCGGAAAUCGCCUGCCGAACCCCUGCCGAGAUAGACGAGAUGUUUGACGACAAGAUCGCGCCUCGCAAGUUCCGUAAGCGUGUCACGCAGGUUCAGGUGUUCCUUGAGGAAAAGGGGCAUAAGGAGCACAUGUCUCCAGAAGACAAGGCGUAA